CUGUCUCAAGACGUGAUCGCCACGAAACGCGCCGUGACCGCAAGCCACGCCAGCAUCGAGCAGCUGUUGCACUUCUUCAUCAAAAGUUCCUGCGCCGAACUGACCGGUGCCGACCUCCCUAGCCCUGCCACGCCACAGCCCGCCAUCUCCAGACAGAGCUCCAUGGAAGGAAUUUUUAAUAUUCUGCCACCAACGGGAAACAUCAAAAGGGUGAAAUGCGACCACUCGAGCGACGGAGACGUUGGCUGGACGGUGGUGCUGCUGCGUCAGGACGGCUCUGUUAUGUUCAACAGAACCUUAGACGAGUACAUACAAGGCUUCGGUGAUCCCAGCGGUGAAGUUUGGAUCGGUCUGGAGACGCUUCACGCUCUCACCAAUUCGAGGCCCCACCAGCUACGUGUCGAACUCACGGACUUCAGCUCAAAGGCGGCAUUUGCUCGCUAUGCUUCCUUCAG